AGUCACUCAGGAGCAAGCUCUGACCAGUCAGAGGGAGUUACACAUCUAUAUUUAGUCCCUCCCUUCUCACCCAUCCUCACCUUACUCUUGGAUGCUCGCAGGCAGUUAGGCAGAAGUGAGCUCUGUGGUUCUGCCAGACAAGCCUGUUGGGUUUAAAGAACAAAAAAAAAAAAAAAAAAAAAAAAAAAAAAAAAAAAAAAAAAAAAAAAAAAAAAAAAAAAAAGAAAGAAAGAAAGAAAAAAAGAAAAGAAAAAGAAAAAAAACCCUCAAAGUCACAACAUUAAAAUUGUUGCCUUGAAGAAACUGAGUGGAGAAGUGUGAAAAGAUGAAUGGACCAGUGGAUGGCUUGUGUGACCAUUCUCUAAAUGAAGAAGGAGCCUUCAUGUUCACAUCGGAAUCUGUAGGAGAGGGACACCCAGAUAAGAUCUGCGACCAGAUCAGUGAUGCAGUGCUGGAUGCCCAUCUCAGGCAGGACCCCAAUGCCAAGGUGGCCUGUGAGACGGUGUGUAAGACAGGCAUGGUGCUGCUGUGUGGGGAGAUCACCUCCACGGCCAUGGUGGACUACCAGCGGGUGGUGAGAGACGCCAUCAAGCAUAUUGGUUAUGACGACUCUGCCAAGGGUUUUGACUUCAAGACCUGCAAUGUGCUGGUGGCUUUGGAGCAGCAGUCUCCAGAUAUUGCACAGUGUGUCCACCUAGACAGAGAUGAAAUGGAUGUCGGUGCUGGAGAUCAGGGUUUAAUGUUCGGCUACGCCACUGAUGAGACAGAAGAGUGCAUGCCCCUCACCAUCAUCCUCGCUCACAAACUCAACGCCCGCAUGGCAGACCUGAGACGCUCCGGGGCCCUCCCCUGGCUGAGGCCCGACUCAAAGACUCAGGUGACAGUCCAGUACAUGCAGGACAAUGGCGCGGUCAUCCCCGUGCGUAUCCACACCAUCGUCAUCUCCGUGCAGCAUGACGAGGACAUAACGCUGGAGGAGAUGCGCAAGGCCCUGAAGGAGCGGGUGAUCAAGGCCGUGGUGCCGGCCAAGUAUCUGGAUGAACACACCAUCUACCACCUGCAGCCCAGCGGGCGGUUUGUCAUUGGUGGUCCCCAGGGGGAUGCGGGCGUCACUGGCCGUAAGAUCAUCGUGGACACCUAUGGCGGCUGGGGGGCGCACGGUGGUGGGGCCUUCUCCGGGAAGGACUACACCAAGGUGGACCGCUCUGCGGCUUACGCUGCCCGCUGGGUAGCCAAGUCCCUGGUGAAAGCAGGGCUGUGCCGCAGAGUGCUUGUGCAGGUUUCCUAUGCCAUUGGUGUGGCUGAGCCACUGUCCAUUUCCAUCUUCACCUAUGGGACCUCUCAGAAGACAGAGCGAGAGCUGCUAGAUGUGGUGCACAAGAACUUUGACCUUCGGCCUGGCGUCAUCGUCAGGGAUUUGGAUCUGAAGAAGCCCAUCUACCAGAAGACGGCAUGCUACGGCCAUUUCGGAAGAAGCGAGUUCCCUUGGGAGGUCCCCAAGAAGCUUGUGUUUUAGAGCUGAUGGAGCCAGGCCUGGCCUCGCUCCAGGGGCAUCUGAGUGGCCACAUUCCUCUUCUCCAGGAUCCCAACUCUCAGCUCCUGCAGACCCCAGGCUGCUGACUGCCCUUAGGAGUGUGUCUCCCCACACCACUCCCACCCCACCCCCCACCCCCAUCCCAGGCAAAGCCCUCUGAUCUAGCCCUCUCCUGCUGUCAUCGUGAAUGGCAGGAGGCAGGUGGCUUCCUGGUGCCUAGGGUCUGAUCGCCUCAUGAGGAUAGUCACUAUGUUCCCCUGCCUCUGCCUUAGACCAAGGUGAUGUUAAUUUAGUGGAAAAACCACCCGUCAGGAGUAAAUCCCCUCACCUCCCCUGUAGCCUGGAUCCUGACCAGCCUCCCCCCACCCCCCCAUCCCCAUCCCCACACAUGUGCCAAGGUCAGCACACCCCUACCGAUCUUAGGGUCUCACAGAUCUCCAGCCAGAACCCUGAUCCAAGGCCGUCACAAAGAGCCUCUCAGGCUGGGCCUCUGAUAGGGAUAAAUACAGGGGCUUUCGUGGCCUAAGCACCCAAACGAGCAAGAGACAGAGNUACUG